UUUGGAACUCUGCAAUUGUUUUGUGAGAAAGAUUGAUUAUGAACAACCUACUCCAUGUUAUUUAAGGAAUAAUACAUACAUGCUUGACUUCCAAAGCAUGCAUGACAAGGAUUCAUUUCAUAAGUCAUGGUAAAAUGUUCAGUUCGUCACUAUUUUUAGAGCAGCAGUUCUCAACCUGUGUGUCUCGACCUCCUUGAAGGAAUAUUGAAAGACCCUUUCACAGGGGCCACAUAUCAGAUAUUUAUAUUACAAUUCAUAACAGUAGCAAAAUGUCUGUGUCACUUUGGUGAUGUUCACAUUGUUAAGGCAAGAUGACUAGGGCUGACUUCUGUAUGUCUUUUUACUUCAGAAACUCGAAGUACUGAGAGAUUCUUGGGGAAAUUCUGUGGCUGAAGUGCUAGCACAUCUGAGUCACCUUGGAAAUAAAAGUUGUGACUGUGCAUGUAAGUAUUGAGCCUUUCACUGCUCUGAAGGACGACAAGUUUGUCAAGUCCUUGCAUGUUUCUAAAGAUAAGAAAUAGUGCCAGGAGCCAUGCUUUGACUGUUCUUUCUGGUUCUCUCUUGAAGGUAGUCAGGGGUGGGAUAGGAGGAUGCAUCAUCUGGGGUGAGAUAUAUAGGGUUAGUAAUAAAACAUUUACCUGUCUAAGUCACUUUGUAGUGGUAGCUGACUUGCUUGUCUGAGAUCCUCUGAGGCCAGAAACUGCAGUCUCUGGUGUUUAGCACCUCAUAGUAAAACAGCAGGAGUUAAGUAAAAUAGCCUUUGUUCUGUCUCUGCAGGAACUACCUGGCUUUAACUCCCAGCCUGCCAGUUGAAGUCACAGGAAAAAAGAGAGACACUUUAAAAGAUGAUUUAGCUUUUAUUUCAAUUUCUCUCUAAAAAGUUUCCUAUGAAAGUUCUCUAAGAAAAGGGGUUUUCUCUCUGUUCUCAGCAGUUAUACAUCUUUCAGAAUACAUGAUCGCAUGGUGAAAAGUUCAUCACACGUUUAUACAUAAAGUCAAAUCACAAAUUGAAAAGAAGUUUACAACAAAAUAGUAAGAAUCUACUCAGAACAAAGAAAAAUCCAUAGGGAUCUUUGCUGUUCAGUUCCUGACAACAGGUAGAUUAACAAGCAGAAGAUUGCCAAUGCAUUCUGUGCCACACCCCCAUACAUACUAAGACCAGGCUGGAUGAGAGAGCAACUAAACUCCAAUUAAACAUCACAGACCCAUUUUUUUUCUUUUUUCUUUUUUCCAGAGCUGGGGACCGAACCCAGGGCCUUGUGCUUGCUAGGCAAGCGCUCUACCACUGAACUAAAUCCCCAACCCCCACAGACCCAUUUUUGUGUGGCUGGAAAGAAGCACAAGGUUAGGAUAGAACUGACAGAACACACAGACAAUAUUCUACGUGAACACCCCUCAUUCAACUGCCUUUCUAGAACACCCCCCAACCCCACCUCUGCCAAAUACAAAAUGUAAGGGUAAGGGUAUCAGAGGCCAGAGGAUAAAACAGACCCAAGGGUUUGGAUUUCAUAUUUCAAAAACAGCUUUUCAAGACCCCAGAUAUACAGCAGGCAGAGUAGGAAAGGCCUGCCUGGAUGCUGGACCACACUUCUAUGAGCUAGCCAGUGGCACCAGGGUAGCAAAGCACAUAUAUUCCAUGGUGGGAAAUAUACCCGCAUCCCCUUCCCAUUGAGACUGGCAUUACCCAGUUGGUGCAUACUCUGUGGGGAUUGGUGGGAUGGGCUGUGUGAGCUCAUAUGAGCUCAUGUGGAAUCUAUCUACCUAGUUCAGGUUUUGGCUGCCCAGCUAGCUCUGUUACUGGACUAAAUCUAUAAGGGGGCUCACCAGAGGGAAAAAGCCUCAGAGCCCUUGCUUCCUGGCCUUGAUCAGGAGAUAGAGCUGCAGGGGGCACCACAGCUUUCUGAUGCCCUUCUUGGGAGACCCCUGAGCGCUCUGCAGUACUGAAGUCUAUUCUCCGGAGAGAGAGGGAUUGGCCUGCAUUCAGGAUAAUGUCACCUGGGGACAGCCAAAGGCAGGGGGAAACUGGACACUGACUCAUAAACCUCAGACUCAGAGCACUGGGAAGGGGUCCCCUGCGCUGGGAGAGCGGAGAGCGGGGUGUGUGUUGGGGAUGUGCAGCAGCAGGUGACGUCACCCAAGGCCCCAGGUUGCCCAAGGCCUAGGCAACAGACUUGUCGUGUGAUCCUCAUGCGCCAAUGGACCAGCUGUCUCCCAGGCGACGCGAAGGGUCUGUGCUCCAGCGCCACAGCACCCCCGCCCCAAGUCCGCACUGCAGAGAGCUGUGGCGAGCGGCGCCGGCGCAUUGGACGACGUGCUGGGACCAGAGGGCCAGAAAGAGCAAAGGAGCUGGCGAGAGACCCUGGAAAAGAAUGAUGUUCGACCCCGCCUCCUCUCUGAGCAGUCUGGGAACCUCGCUGCGGGACUGAAUGAAGAAGCAGCUUGCCUUAGGAAGAGACUCUAGAGACCCGGAGGGGCUACAGGUCUCCUGGAAUUUGCCCCAGAUUUAUAUGCAUCCUGCUUACCCCCCACAUUAGAAUCUCUUGAAGUUGGGGCCAUGCCGUUGAACCUGUUGCAGGACUGGUGUAGGGGGGAGCAUCUGAACAUCCAGAGGUCUAUGCUGAUCCUGGGGAUUCCGGAAGACUGUACUGAGGAUGAGUUCGAGGAGACUCUGCACGAAGCUCUCAAGCAUCUGGGAAGAUACAGGAUCAUCGGCAGGAUGUUUAGGAGGGAGGAAAAUGCCCAGGCUUUUCUGGUGGAACUCGCACGUGAUUUUGACUAUGCUUUAGUGCCCAGGGAAAUAGAAGGAAAGGGUGGGCCCUGGGAAGUGGUUGUGAAACCCCCUAAUUCAGAUGAUGAAUUUCUUAAUAGACUGAAUCACUUCUUAGAAGAGGAGAGGCGCACAGUGUCAGACAUGAACAGGGUCCUUGGGACACACUCUAAUUAUUCACCUACCAAAACGGCUAUAUCAGCAGAUUUCUGGGCCUGGGCUCAGACUCUAGGUGCAGUGAUGCAGCCUCUGUUAGAACAAAUGUUGUACCGAGAACUAAGGGUCUUUUCUGGCAACACCAUAUCAAUCCCAGGGUUAUUGGCCUUUGAUUCCUGGCUUGAGCACACCACUGAGAUGUUACAGAUGUGGCAGGUACCUGAGGUGGAAAAGAGGCGGAGGCUGAUGGAAUGCUUGAGAGGCCCUGCUCUACAAGUAGUCAAUGUGCUCCGUGCCAAUAAUGCUGCCAUUACAGUGAAGGAGUGUCUGGAGGCCCUGAGGCAGGUAUUUGGGUCUGUGGAAAACCGAAAAAUUGCCCAGCUGAAAUUUUGCAAGGCUUAUCAGGAACCAGGAGAGAAAGUUUCUAGCUUUGUGGUGCGUUUGGAGACCCUGCUCCAAAAAGCCCUCGAGAAAAAUGCAAUAUCUCGAAAGAAUGUGAAUCAGACCCGACUGAAACGAAUCUUAGGUGGGGCCAUCCUUUCUGCAAAACUUCGAGAAAAACUUAAGAUGCUGAAGCAGCGUAGAAGGCCACCUGGUUUCCUGGCCCUAGUGAAGCUUUUCCGUGAGGAAGAGGAAGAGUGGGAGGCCACUAGGGGUCCAGAGAGGAGUUGCUCUGAGGGGUUCGAGUUAGGCCCAAGUUCUGCUAACAUAGGCGGCAGGGAGAGGGCACUGUUUGUUCCAGACUUUGGCAGUGUUCUUGAGGCAAGGCCUUACCAGGGUUCCCGCCGCCGCCGGAGGAGGAGAGGCCAGCACCGAAGAGGAGGUGUGCCCAGGGAUGGUUCUCAAGGCACAAGAAAGCAGAAUUAUGACACAUUCUGCUAUAGUUGUGGGGAAGAUGGCCAUAUCAGAGUAAACUGUUUUAACCCUUCCAAUCGGACCUUGGUAAAGCAGAAGAGACAGGCUGCAAUGGAGAAGGGAAACAGGAGCUGGGCUUGGGAGAAGAGCCAUCCCAAGCCCAAGACCAAGUAGGCUCCAGGGAACAGGAUAACCUUUGUUCCCAUAAGCCAAGGAGAAAAAAGAGAUAUUUGAAGGAGGGAAAAGAACAGGUCAGAGAAAUCACAGGGGACCUUAGAAAGACACAGGGGCAAUGUAACCAAGCAGAAGUCAAGUCCCCUAAGCCAGUACCAGCUGGAGAAAACCCUAACAAGAAAAAGUACAUUGCAUUCAACUCAAUAAUGACCAGACACAAGUCCUCUAAGAUGAACCAGAGAAGGAAACCUCAAGGAACUGAUACAGAUGUGUGGGGCCACAAGAACUCAGAUGGGAACAUCCGCAAAGCAAAGGCAGAAGACAGUAAGGCCUUGAAUCAAAGAAAUCUAGCAACCUCAAGUCCAUUUGGGCCGUACAGGAGCCCGCCACGGGGUUGUCUUGGGCAGAGGACACCAGUGCCUGGGAGCAAGUACAGCUAGGGAGGGAGGGAGUACCCAGGAGAGAAGGCCGCAGGAUCCAGCCUGUCUUCAGGAUCAUCUACACUGCUCUAGGGGAGCCCCAUGAGGGCAGCACCCUUGAGUCCUUCCGUGAGUGAACUCCCCCCACCCCCGUGAAACCCCCAAUCUCCAGACCCACCAAAGGAUGGGGGGAUGGGGGUUAGGCAGUGCCAACGCAGGGCAGUUUCCCUCUUGGCACCUGACAGGACACCAGUGCCUGAGAAGAGCCCCAGGCUGGGGCACAUGGCACCAUAGGGUUAAUGCCCUCAGCUGGCCUGAGAGCCUGGGAGUGUGCAGGGCAGAUUUUGUGCGAACAAACAGGAGAUGGAAGAACAUCAGGAGGAGGACUCUGUGUGUGUCGGGGUUGGGCUUGGGGGGGGGGGCGUAGUUUGUUCUUCUCCCUUUUGUCCAGGGCUGCUGGAGAAUUCCAGAGAGCAAGCAGGGAGAGCCAGUGAAUUCAACUCUGCCAAGGCUGGCCCCAAACCCUGCCGAGCUGAGGGGUGGUCUGGCGGCAUUACCAGAGCGCCAUCCUCCAUCUGCCAUCCAUACCAAACGCGUGGACGUUCCAGAAGAGGCCAUCUCGAGGGUUCUGCCUACUGCCUGGCUCUCCCAAUACGGACGCCCCUUCCCCUUCCCAUUACUGUCCAGAGGCUGUACCCCCUGCUCUGGAACCCCGCCUUCUUACCUGCUAAGCUCAUAGUGACCCAGUUGCCCAGUGAGUCCCUUCCCCCACUGUGUGCUUACCCACCAUUGGCUGCUCCUGUACAAAGCCGUGAGUGAGGUGUGUGUGUUAAGGAGGGCAAGUAGAGGCCCUUACUACCUACCUGGUCAGCCACCUCUACAUCCUGGCCACUUCUUGUGAGCUUCUGCACCAACCUAGGCUAUGUUAGCUGCUUUCCUACCCACCCGGUGUUGUGAAUUCCUGCUCAACUUUCCUGGUAUCCAUCCAGGCCAGCCUUGUUCUCCUGCAGAGGGGUGUGUGUGUGUGUGUGUGUGUGUGUGUGUGUGUGUGUGUGUGUGUGUGUGUGUUCUAACCUGCUUGGGUAGAGGGUGUGUGUGUGUGUGUGUGUGUGUGUGUGUGUGUGUGUGUUCUAACCUGCUUGGUAGAGGGUGUGUGUGUGUGUGUGUGUGUGUGUGUGUGUGUGUGUGUGUUCUAACCUGCUUGGGUGCUCCCCAGAGUUCUCCCACCCAGUCCUGGCAGCCGGCAGGAACCAUGGAUGUUGCCAAGGGACUGGCUGAUCUUAUGAUGUCCUGAACUGGGUAUGGGUGGGGCCUGGGGACUGUACUGCUGUUCUGCACCUGUUGUUCCUUGUGACUAUCAUUUGUUGGGUUGGUGGGGUAUCCCUUGCUGUGCCUUGCAGUGUCUUGUGACUAUCUUGUGUAAGAAUAGUGCAGGGCCACCCUACAGUGGUAAUCCCUUGUGAGAGUCCCUAAGAGUGAGGAAAUUGUCAGAGGUGCCUCUUGGGCCCUUAGGAAGGGAGAAAUAGCAGAGGGAUCCCAGUGUGGUGGGCAGACAAUGCCCUUCUGAGAAGCUCCAGGAGGGUGGCCCAGAACCUGUUGCUUCUAGUGGCUGUGGAGAGUUCUGUGUUGCCACCCCUUUCUCUUCAAUAGUUUCAGCAAAAGUUUCUGUUCAAUAAACUUCAUAAAUGUU